GAAACAAGCGCACGCCUGCUUUUCAUGGCGGUCCGAUGGGUGCGGUGCCUGGCGCCAUUCCAGGCUCUCGCACACAACGACCAGCUGGUGCUGCUGCGGGCCGCGUGGAAGGAUCUCUUCCUGUUGCACCUGGCCCAGUGGUCCGCGCCCUGGGACCUGGGACCACUGCUCGCGGCUCCCAACGCAAGAGCACGGCUGCCCCCAGAUCCCCUGGCCGAUCUAGAACUGAAUACGUUGCAAGAAAUUCUGUGCCGAUUUCGUCAAAUAGCACCCGAUGGCAGUGAGUGUGGUUGCAUGAAGGCUAUCGUCUUAUUUUCGCCAGAUACGCCGGGCCUGAGUGAAACACAACCAGUAGAAAUGUUACAAGACCAGGCGCAGUGUAUCCUAGCAGACUAUGUACGCACCAGGUACACGAGGCAACCAACCAGGUUUGGUAGACUCCUCCUGCUACUGCCAUCAUUGCGGGCGGUUCGAGCGCGUUCCAUCGAGCUGCUACUAUUCAGGGAUACAGUAGGAGAUGUCUCCGUGGCGACGCUACUCCACGACAUGUACCGCAUGCAGCCUGCGCCCGCGCCGCCUUUCCACCCCCCUCCAGUCCCCACUUCGACCAAUGAGCACUGUGCUUCCCCCUAAUUAUCAACUAUCAAUAAAUAAAGGAGUGAAAUGUUCACCCGCACGGACUAGAAUUCCUACAUAAAUAAUUUCAAUAACAGUGACCCAAGCACGUAUUUUUGACAGCUCCGUAACGUAUUGCACAGUCAAAGUUUCUAUGAAAACUAAGCAGUGCCUAUGUUAAACGAAGAGACCUAUCGGACAUAAGAGCAAACUACCUUUUUCCAUACAAAAUUUGACGAUAACAAUACACUACUGAGCUGUAAAAAAAUCUUGCUUUUGGGCCUCUGUUGACACAUUACAGCCG